AUGGGCAAACCGGAUGACAAGGUGGCGGACGAUGCCGUCUCGCUACGUACCAACCCCGGCGAAAGUUCUAGGGUGACCUACAGCGAUAAUGAUGAUCUCGAUAUCCCCGAGAUUGCUAUUGAUGACCUACCGCCCAAUUAUACCGAAAGCGAGUCGUUGCUCCCACCGCCCGAUGCGCAAACAGCUGUUCCGGCCGGCGGCUUAGCUAUAGCCCAAGCGCCGUUCGUCGAAGACGCUAUGCGGUUCAACGACUUGAACACUGGUGCCCAGUACUGGAUGGCUAGGAGCCUUGAAAACCCGGCUGAUCUCGAGAAGCAUAUUCGACAUCUCGCCGCAAUUCCUCCGCGACCUUAUAUCAAACUUGUCGGAACACAUACCGAGACUACGAGAGACAGCAAGGGCAAGAUGGAGAAGAAUACGAUCACAGACUUUGACGUUUCUGUCGAGCUAACACCAUACCUCUACUCGGAUGCGCAGUAUCGUCGUUCGUGGAAUUAUAUUCGGACCGUGGAGAACGGCGAGAAGACCCGUCGUGGCACUAUACUUAGGAAGCGCGCCCCCGGUUCGAAUCAGAGUAUCGAGGUCGGUGGUAUCCCGAAACCGACGCUGCAGGAGUGGUGUCAUCGGUACUCUGCCAGCCAUGCAGGCUUGAAGGUCUUCGCACUCCAGCGAAGGAUGAUCGGCUUUGACGAGGAAUAUAUUAAGACGAAGCUGAGAGAGCUGGUAAACGGUACGAAUUACCGCGGCCACCUUAAGGUGGAACUCGUUACGAAGGACUCCCUGAUCGAGUGCUACAACGAAGCAAGGAUAAACAAGUGGCGCCUGACGACGUGGAUACAAAUGCUGUUCACGUUCACUCUCCUAUUUAUCUUUUCCUGGCCGUACUUGUGGUUGCGGACUAAGAGAUGGGAAGUUGUUGUCUCGGAGUGGCCGUUCUCGAGGAUAGCCGAUGACGGCACCAAGCAGUACGUGAGUAUUAGCGAAGAUCAAUGGUUUAACAUGUGGGGGCGAGCUAUUUCCAGCGCAGUGUUACGGAAACGUCAGGCGCUGCUGGAUCAGACGGAUCUGAGGCGAGCAGAAGAGCCUCAGCCGACCUUCGAGUCCGGAAGCUCGACGGUCGACGGGGCAGUAGGUCUGUUCAGGGCCGGCAUCAGCGCUAUGGACGAGGUGAACCGGCAUUUGGGAUGGGGAAGAGACUGCUAG